AUGAUGAAAAAACAUUUACGCUAUGACGAUACCCUCGAUUCAUUUGCCAUUCACGGCUGUGUCGGCGUCAUGGGUGGCCUUAUGACUGGCCUGUUCGCCACAUCAGAAGUAAAUCCGAACAUUCCAAAUGGUGCCUUUUACGGUAGCGGCGAGCUAUUUCUUCAUCAAUUGGUCUCACAGAUUGCAGCUGCAGUAUACUCGUUUAUUGUGACGAUAAUUCUUUUGUUCUUGCUCAAGAUUACGGUUGGGCUACGUGUAGAUGGAGACGAGGAGGUGAACGGUAUUGACAUUAGCUACCAUGGUGGCUUCGCAUACGAUUAUAGUUCACACAAGAAUAUGUUAAAGGCAGAGACACGCGAUUUGAGUGAGUUUCGCGUAGAAUGUUGA